CGAACAAACCAAUUUCACGUGAUUUCCAUUUAUGUCGCCAUUAUGUCCAUACCCUGACAGAGAGGAAGAGAGAGGGAGAAGCAAGGAACGAGAGAGAUCCAUGUAUUUCGCGGAGAAUCCAGGUGACGUCACGGGAUACGGUUUAUUUAUAAAAGCCGCUGACGACGUUGCUUAUUGUUAGAGUCAUAUCUUGUACUUUGAGCCUACUUGAGCCAGCUCCUGGCACGUCGCAGAAGUCGCUGCGGAUCGACGUGUCCUAGUUUUCUCGCCGUUAUCCUUUCGGAACGAACAUAUAUCUUGGCAGAUAUAUUUAUAUAUAUAAGGACAGAAGAGUAAAAAACAAACAUGAGUCUACAGUGGACGCUCAUUGCUGGUUUUCUCUAUAUCGAGAUUGCGAUUGUUCUUCUCCUAGUAUUGCCAGUAGCUUCGCCGACGAGAUGGCAAAAGCUCUUCAAGUCUCGGUUCUUACAAAGUAUAAAUAAUCAGGCUUCCAUUUACUUUGUGAUUUUGUUGGGUGUCCUAAUCCUCUUUCUAUUGGAUGCCAUUCGAGAGAUGCGGAAAUACUCCUCGAGCUUGGAUCACACAGAUCGUCAUCAAUUGAACCUUGAAAUGCAAGAAAACAUGAGAUUGUUUCGUGCACAGAGGAAUUUCUAUAUAUCUGGUUUUGCAUUGUUCUUGAGUUUGGUGAUACGCCGUCUUGUCAACCUAAUCUCUGCCCAAGCUUCUUUGCUCGCGCAAAAUGAAGCGGCUAUGCGACAGGCUCAAUCUGCGACGACAACAGCUAGGAGUCUGUUGUCCCAGAGAACGAUUGGUGAGAGUUUGCAGAAUGACUCCAACGAGGCGCACGAUAAAGCCGUCUCGGAACUGAAAAGUCAAAUUAAGGAAUUACAAGCUAAGAAUCAGGACCUCGAGAGCAAUUUGACUAAGGAAAAGAAGGAUAAAGAAGCGAUAAAAUCACAGGCGGAAUCGCUUACAAAGGAAUAUGAUCGUUUGACUAAGGAACAUGCGAAACUCUUGCAAUCUAGUGAUAAGAAAACUGAUUAAACAAUUGAGGUUUUCUCAUUUACCUGUUUUUUCCUAAUCAUUAUUUGCUCAUAAAUUCUUUUGUCCAUGAAAAGUUGUCCUUUUGUAACGUUAUAUUACAUAAUCUGUAUUACAUAAUAUGCAUUAUUUAAACGGGAGUCACAUUUUACGAUAUUAAAACAUUUAUAUACUUUCGUUAGAAAGAUUGUAUACAAAUAUUAGUAUUGUGUGAUGGUGUUAUGUGCCUCAUGAUACACUGUACAUCCUCUUUCCAACUUUGUGCGCUGUCCUGUGUGGACAAAGUCCAUAUCAGUCUUUCUUAAUUCGUGAUAUAUUUCUUGAUUCGUUACUUAUAUUAUCAUUAACAAAUGUAAUUCUAAGAAUUCUAUAAAUUAAAGUUUUUGUUAUA